UACGCGUCAUGGCACACACAAACCGUGUGUCUGUAACGUUAUAUCUCUCUUCUAAAUUGCGGAAUAUCUGUAUAUAUACCACGCAUUUCGCGCAAGAACGCGUUUGCUAAAUUGAGUGCUGAUACGUUGUGGAACUUGCAUCAACGUUGUAAACUGCAAAUACCGUGCAAGAAACAGCACUUACUGGUCCCCAACGAUUGCGCAGCCAUUUCUUCACCAGCAUCGGAGCCUCGCGCAUGCGUGUAAAAAAUAUAUAUCUCAAUCGAAAUAUCGAAUCGCAAAUGUUCAAGACGCAAAUCGGACGGAGAUCGCUGCUCGACGCGAGAUGCGCCAAUUUCUGGACGAAGAUAUUUCACAAGAAGGAGAAGCCGCUCGCAUCGGAGGUCCUAACGAGCUACCUUCUGCAAACCAACGAACCACCGUGGACGUCGUACUUCGUGCGUUACGCCGACGUGGUGAACGAUCAGCGGGGAAUGUCGCACUUCAAUUGGUCGGCGGGCGGUAGCAAUUACCACGUACUUAGGACCGGUUGCUUCCCGUAUAUCAAGUACCACUGCAGCAAGCGACCGGUACGGGACCUAAGCGGCGAGGACAGAUUUUUCAAGGCGAUCAAGAUAUUGAACCUCGGUAUUCCCACCCUGAUGUACGGACUGGCGGCGACGCAGCUUAUCCGACACCGCGAGAUCGUGAGGACGCCUCGGGGUGAUGUGACGAUCCACUUCUUGCUACCGGAAGACAAAGGCUCGCAGUACUGAGGUUUGGUUGCGACUCGCGCACCGACGCCAAUUCCAUUCGUUCGAAAGUUCUGCGCGUCACGGUUUUCCUCCUUCGAACGACGAAAUAAUACGUGGAUAGAUCAGACGAUCAGAGAGCCAGGCGAUCGUCGUACAAUAAUCGGUUUUUGCCUCUCUCGCCCGGUCCUCGAACGCGGAAGAAGAGAAAAUUACGCAAUGACGGAGACAAAAAAAAUAUCGGCGAAACUGUCACGAUAAUUCCACUCGCAAUCAAUGAAAGCGCUAACUUCGUUAACUAAGAAAAUAGAAGUUGCGCGUCGGAGAGGUAGCGAUUUGAUGAAAUCGCUUUUUUUUUUUGCGCGCGCGCGCGCGCGCGAAUAGACCAGGAAAUCUUUCUUUGCAAUAGUCGCGGAGAGUGAAGUAUCGAAAUAAAUAGCUUUUACUCGGGAGAAUAAACAUCUCCUUUCUCUUCCGUCGAGAAACAACACUUAAUUAUCGCUUUUCAAUGUGGUUCUUCGAAGGUUUUUCUCUUCUCGUCGAGAAAACACGGGAUAGCUAGACAAGUGAUCGCGCGGACGUUAAUUUUCGCAAUGAAAGUUCGUUCGUUUCUUCUUCGCUACAAUUGUUUGUUUAUGUUUGGACAUUAAUUUCAUUGGCGCGCGCUUCGGUAGCUUCCUGCUUCAUCAAUCAAUUCAAAAUCCCAGACUUCCUCGAGGUCUUGCUUAAAUUUGGUGUAAAUUUGGCGCGAUAAUUUUCCAGACGUCGUCAGGAAGGAGUUCGGGGGCGGUUCGAUAAUCGCGUUUCGAUAGAGCGCGGCGACGUUCACUGAUGAAAAUUGCCGCGGGCGAUCAGGGCGUUGGAACAAGGUGCGAACGCACAUAGUUAGCAUUAACGCGGCUCUCUAAUUAGCCACUAACCGCGUGCGCUUCCCGACGACUUGACGAUACAUCAACGUCGGUCUCGGUGGAAGCGAGGCUUAUCUCGCUCGCUUGGACUUGUUUCCGCGAACGACACAAUAUGCAUAUAACGCGCGCGUCGAUGAUGAAAGCCGACCGCUGACAUUUGCUGAGAUUCUCCAGUCGGGAUUUACGAGCGUGCGUGUCUAUACCGCGUAAUUAUAAUUCGCGUUAAUUAACGAACUAUAUAACGCGUCAAGUAGAUUAGCGAUUGCACCAUGUGGCGUUCGUGUUCUCUCCCUCGGAAUCGAUCGAGCGCAUUAAAUUGCAUACGUAUAUUUUUGUAAAUUAUUGCAUAUAUGUACACAUUAAUAUGUAUAUA